AUGACCGGCGCUGCAGCAGGGGCGCGGGCCACCUUCGGGGCCUGGGACUACGGGGUCUUCGCGCUCAUGCUGCUGGUGUCCACCGGCAUCGGGCUAGGGGUCGGGCUGGCACGCGGCGGGCAGCGCAGCGCGGAGGACUUCUUCAUGGGUGGCCGGCGCCUGGCGGCCGUGCCCGUGGGCCUGUCGCUGGCCGCCAGUUUCAUGUCCGCGGUGCAGGUGCUGGGCGUGCCGGCCGAGGCCUCCCGUUAUGGCCUCAAGUUCCUGUGGAUGUGCCUGGGCCAGCUGCUCAACUCGCUGCUCACCGUCACGCUGUUCCUGCCCGUCUUCUACCGCCUGGGCCUCACCAGCACCUACCAGUACCUGGAGCUGCGCUUCAGCCGUGUAGUGCGGCUCUGCGGCACUGUCCAGUAUCUAGUGGCGACCAUGCUGUAUACAGGCAUCGUGAUCUACGCCCCUGCGCUCAUCCUUAACCAAGUGACUGGGCUGGAUAUUUGGGCAUCACUCCUGUCCACCGGAGCCAUCUGCACCUUGUACACGACUGUGGGUGGCAUGAAGGCUGUGGUCUGGACCGAUGUAUUCCAAGUUCUGGUGAUGCUGAUGGGCUUCUGGGUGGUCCUGGCCCGUGGGACUGUGAUCAUGGGUGGGCCCCAGCAAGUGUUUGAGCUUGCCUGGAACCACUCCCGGGUCAACCUAAUGGACUUUAACCCCGACCCACGGAGUCGCUACACAUUCUGGACCUUUGUGGUGGGUGGCACGUUGGUGUGGCUCUCCAUGUAUGGUGUGAACCAGGCGCAGGUGCAGCGCUACGUGGCCUGCCGCACAGAGAGGCAGGCCAAGCUGGCCUUGCUCAUCAACCAGCUUGGCCUGUUCUUGAUCGUGGGCAGUGCUGUUGGCUGUGGCAUUGUCAUGUUCACGCUCUAUAGUGACUGCGACCCUCUCCUCGCUGGUCGCAUCUCUGCCCCUGACCAGUACAUGCCCCUGCUGGUGUUGGACAUCUUUGAGGACCUGCCUGGCAUCCCGGGCCUCUUUCUGGCCUGUGCCUACAGUGGCACCCUCAGCACUGCAUCCACCAGCAUCAAUGCCAUGGCCGCUGUUACCGUUGAGGACCUCAUUAAGCCGCAGCUGCCGAGCCUGGCACCCCGGAGGCUCGUGAUCAUCUCCAAGGGGCUCUCUUUCAUCUACGGCUCAGCCUGUCUGAUGGUGGCAGCUCUGUCGUCAUUGUUGGGUGGUGGUGUCCUUCAGGGCUCCUUCACCGUCAUGGGCGUCAUCGGCAACCCCCUCCUGGGGGCCUUCAUCCUGGGAAUGUUUCUCCCCUCCUGCAACACUGCAGUGAGUGUGUGUGGGGUUGUGCGCCCCGGGACAGACCCUGGCCGACCUGGCUUGGCCGACAGCUUCUACGCCAUCUCCUACCUGUACUAUGGCACGCUGGGCACACUGAGCACUGUUCUGUGUGGUGCCCUGGUCAGCUGCCUGACAGGCCCCACCAAGCGCAGCACCCUAGGUCCUGGGCUGCUGUGGUGGGACCUUGCAAGGCAGACAGCAUCAGUGGCCCCCAAGGAAGAAACGACUCCCCUAGAUGACAACUUGGCCAAGCGUUGUGGGGCUCGGAAAGCGCUUUCAAAGGGGAACACGAUUGCGAAGCUCUAUCUUGACAUCCUGAGCGGCAUAGUCCCCCUCCCAACUCGGGCCACGGGCUCUGGCGCGCCCUGGCGGCCGGGCAACUCCUGGCCGAUGCCGCCGGACCUCGUGUGA